AUGCCAACAUCAAUCAAAUUACUAGAUCUUGGUGAAUGUGAGUUUCAGAUCGAUGAAAUAUUCCCAGAAACAUUACAAUAUCACUUUGAAUUGCUCGAAUACUCAAAAGAUACAAUUAUUUCAACUCCAUCCAACUUAAAGAUAGAUAAAUUGAUUAUAGAUGGAAUCAUUGAUCAGGAAACCUGUUCACUUACUCCUCCAUCUGGAAUCACAUCAAUCAGUUUAGAUAUGUUAUUUGAUCAUAAUGAAUCAUUUUUAAGAAUACAUGGAAAUGAUCAAACAACUCUGAAAAAGUUACGACUACCACAUUUCAAUAUCCGACCUCGUGCAUCCAUACCAAACACCAUUGAAGAGUUGGAUAUUGGUAACAAUUCACUUUAUGACUCAUUGGAUCUCAUCAAGUCAAUCGAUUCAAUCAAAACACUUUAUGCAAGAUGGUUCAAUGAUAGAGAUAAAUACUUAAUAUUCAACAUUGAUAAUAUCGUUAUUAAAUCUAUUAAUGAUAAUGAUAUAACUCAUAAUCAUAAACAUUUCAACUUACCUUCAUAUAAUAACAUCUUUAAUAAAUCGAUUCAAACAAAGACUGAUUGUUCACUUUAUUUCGGACCAACCGACUUUAAUAGAAAAUACGAUUUUUAUUAUGAUACAUAUACAGACUUGAAAAGUAUUCCAUCUUACAUUUCAACGAUCAGCUUACCAGAUGAAAUUACUGACCAAGAGUAUCUCUAUCAAUUACUAUUGGAAUCACAAUCAGUAACAACAUUGAAUGGAUGCAACACAUUGAAGUAUGGAUUACCAAAAACAAUCAAAACACUCUCUCUUGGGUAUAAAUUCAAUGAAUUGCUUGUUAAAGGAUCACUUCCAUCAUCUUUGGAAGAAGUUAUCUUGAAUUCUUUCGACCAAGCGAUUCAAGCAGGUGUACUUCCAGAAGGUUUACUCGAAUUCAGCUCCGAUUAUCAAUUUGAAUUUCAACCAGGAGUGUUUCCAUCAUCUCUCAAGACCUUAAUUCUCUCUUUUUAUAAGAAACCUUUCAAAGUUGGAGUACUUCCAGAGAACCUUGAAUGCUUGUAUUAUUCAGGUGCAUCUACACCAUUGGAAGAUGGAGUAUUACCUAAAUCAUUAAAGCAACUUAUUGAUGUACCAAUGACAUGGUUACAAACAAUAUCAUCACUUCCAAAUCUUGAAAUCCUUCGUUUUUAUGAAGAGAACCAAGAUAUCUUAACAAUCAACCUCGACUUAUUACCAUCAUCUUUAAAGGUUCUCGAAUUCAAACGAUAUCGAUUGAUUGGAACAAUGCCAACAUCAAUCACAUCAUUAAAUCUUGGUAAAUGUGAGUUUCAAUUCGAAGAAAUAUUCCCAGAAACAUUACAAUAUCACUUUGAAUCGCUGCAAUAUUCAAAAAAAACGAUUGUUUCAAUUCCAUCAAACCUAAAGAUAGUUAAAUUGAUAAUAGAUGGAACAUCUUUUCUCGAAAACAAUUCGCUUUCACUUCCAUCUGGAAUCACAUCAAUCAGUUUAGAAAUGUCAUUAAAACAUAAAGAGGCAUUUUUAAGAAUCGAUGGAAAUGAUCAAACAACUCUUAAAAAGCUACGACUUCCAUAUUUUAAUGUCCGACCUCGUGUAUUCAUUCCAAACACCAUUGAAGAGUUGGAUAUUGGUAACAAUUCACUUAAUGACUCAUUGGAUCUCAUCAAAUCAAUCGAUUCAAUCAAAACUUUUGUAUUUUCGAAACUAUCAAAUAUUGAAAUCAUCUCACCAGAAAAUUUGAACACAAUAAACAAUAUCAUCUAUCUGGAGUAUAGUAAUAAUAUUAAAUACAGAAAGUUAGAUGACAAUUUUUAUUUAAUGUUUGGUUGUUUAAAUGAAACUAUAAUUGCAAGAAUAUUCCAUCAAUCUAAAUUGUCUGUGAACCUUCAUAAAAAAAUGAAAUAA